AUGAUAAAUACAACUAACCAAUUGGAUGAAGCAUUAAUUGAGAAAAUUAGAAACUUAGAGUAGUAAAUUGCACAAAAAGACAGAGAAUAAUACAUUAUUUUGAAUAAUCUAUAAAGGAAAAAUAGAGAGUUGAAAAACUAAUUUCAGUAGACACAAAGACAGAAUAUGGACACCAAAAAAGAGGUAUUGUAACUCUAAUCCAAAAACGAUCACUUCAAAAUCCAAGUAGAAAACUAUUCAAAUGAAAUUCACGACUUAAAAUAAAAACAAUAGCAACUUUUAAACGAAUAAGAAUUUCUAUCCUAAGAGAUUAAGUACCUUAAAUCUGAACUCAAGUAAGAUUAACUGAUUGAGUCAGAAAUACUUAAAAAAAAUGAAUAAUUUAAGCGAUUACAUAACACAAUAAAUGAAUUAGAAAAAUAAAUAAGACUCUUGUAAUUAAAUUAGUAAUAAAAUUCAUACUAAUUAUAUUAAACUUAAUAAAUAAAUAAUAAAAUAUAACCUUGCUAAAUACACUAACAAAAUGAAGAGAUUACCAUACCUGUAUAUGUUCCUAUAAUUGAAUAGCCUAAAUACAUCGAAUAACCAAUAAAGCAAUAUUAAGUCGAAAGGAUAGUAGAAACAACAAACUCUAAUACCAUAAAACCAUAAUCUAUUUGCUUCUAGCCAGUUCAUUAUACUACUUAAUAACAUUGGGUUUCAAUGCAGCCUGUUCAUAAUCAUCAAAACCAUCAUCACCAUCAUUCUUGUUCAUCUAACUACGGAUAUAAGUAUUCAUAUUAUUGA